AGGUAUCACAGCUUGCACUUUGAGAUCAGAAGAAACCUUCCUGAAACAUCCAUGCAUCUAUUCUUUUCCUUCCAUGGGAAGCUGGGACAUUGGGGCUGAUCAUUUGUAAAGUGAUGCUGAUUGUCUUGAGUCCUUAUAGCCUGGGUAAUAAAUGAGAACAGACAGGCGAGAAGUGGAAACAAGACUCCCCAUUCUUGACUCUGAACAUUAAACCUACGGCUGUGGAAGAGGAGCUGCACUUACGUAAAAGAAAGUUUGGGAGGAGGAGGAAGAGCUUGUUUUGUUACGACUUUGGCACUGAAAUUCUUUUGGUGAUCAAAUAUCCCUUUUGAAAUCGUUGGGUGAAAGUCUUAAAUCCUACGGAACCACUUUCUUUGUUUUAAUUUCUUUCCAAGCUGGGGCAGGAGCAGACACAUGACUUAAAACACCUCCUGCGCCGAGCUGGCCUUCAGCAUACGCAGCAACAGGCUGAACCAGUUUGCUCAUUGCUUUCGUCUCCUGACAGGCGCUCUCUUGUCCCAGGCACCCUGGGAGGUGCUUGGUCUGCACUCCAGAGCUGCAGGAAUUCCCCUGCCUCCAGCCACCGGCUCGGAAGCUGCGGUGUGUGGCAGCAGCCUCUGACCAGCGGCGGACCCAUAGAGGAGGCUUUGCAGAAGAACCCAGUUGAGGUUGGGGACUGAGAGGAGCAUCUGGAUACGGAGUCAGGGAGAGGGGUUUAUGGCGUGUGGCAGAGGGUAAGGCGUGCAGGCAGCUUUCUGUUCCACAAGUAUCCAUCUCCUGAGUCUCAGAUGUCAGACGGCCGGCACUGCCAGGUGCAUCUCCUCGAUGACAGGACCUUGGAGCUGGUGGUCCAGCCCAGACUUUUGUCUCAGGAGUUACUGGAUCUGGUGGCCUCACACUUCAACCUGAAAGAAAAGGAGUAUUUUGGCAUAAAAUUUAUAGAUGAUACAAAUCAGAGUUGCUGGCUGCAGAUGGAUCAGAGAGUCCUGGACCAUGACUUGCCCAGGACUCGAGGCCCAGUAAUAUUGUACUUCGCUGUUAGGUUCUACAUUGAAAGCAUUUCCUUUCUCAAGGACAGAACUACCAUAGAGCUGUUCUUCCUGAAUGCCAGGUCCUGUGUACACCAGGGGCAGAUUGAAGUGGAGAGCAACACCGUGUUCAAGUUGGCAGCGCUGGUGUUGCAGGAAGCUAAAGGAGACUAUUCCAGUGAUGAAAACACUAGGAAAGACUUGAAGACACUGCCUGUUUUUCCUACCAAGACACUGCAGGAACAUCCAUCACUUACUUACUGUGAGGACAGGGUAAUCGAGCAUUACAGACAAAUUAAAGGUCUGACCAGAGGACAAGCCAUUGUUCAGUACAUGAAAGUUGUGGAAGCUUUGCCAGCAUAUGGAAUUCAUUACUAUAAAGUAGAGGAUAAACGAAGAAUCCUGUGGUGGCUUGGAAUAAAUUACAAAGGAAUAGGCCAGUACGACUUACAAGACAAAGUUGAACCCAGAAAAUUUUUUCAAUGGAAACAGCUGGAAAACCUCUAUUUCCGUAACAGGAAAUUUGCUGUGGAAGUACACGAUCCCCGCAGAAUUUCAGUGUCAGGAAAGACCUCUGAUCAGAGUGGACUGCUGGUGCAGAGCUGGUAUGCGUACACGUCCCUGAUCAAGUCCAUCUGGCUGAUGGCAGUCAGUCAACACCAGUUUUACUUGGACAGAAAGCAAAGCAAAGCAAAAAUUCCUUCAGCUAGAAGUUUGGAUGACAUUGCCAUGGAUCUGACAGACAUGGGAAAAACGAAAGUUUCAAAGCUAGUGACUUCAGAGGCAAAGAACCAUCUUAUUAUGGCCAGCAAUGGCAGUUUGAUCUCAUCAGGCUCUCAGGAUUCAGAGGUCAGUGAGGAACUAAAGAAGGAGAAAAUCACAGAACUAAAGAAGAAAGAGAAACUCCUUCAGGAAGAGCUGCUUCAGAAGCUUGAGGAGCUGAAGAAAAUCUGCCUGCGAGAGGCGGAACUGACAGGCAAGAUGCCCGAGGAGUAUCCUCUGAGCGAUGGAGAGGAAACUCCCCAGGUCAGGAGACGUGUUGGCACAGCAUUCAAGCUGGAUGACAGCCUGCUCCUGAGUGAAGAGGACCCUGCUUUACAGGACUUGGAGAGCAGUUUCAUCAUACAGCAGAAGCUGGUGGAAGCUGCAAAGAAACUUGCCAGUGAGCCAGACCUCUGCAAGAACGUGAAGAAGAAAAGAAAGCAGGAGUACGCUGAUGCUGUAAAAAAGCUGCAAGAGAUAGAAAAUUCCAUAAAUGAAUACAGAAUCAAGUGUGGCAAAAAACCAACCCAGGAAUCAACUCUUACUCUAGCAGAUGAUAUAAUUCCGUCUGAGAGCAGCUCCCUGUCCGAUACCACCACCUACGAUGAUGUCAUCGAAUCGCUUCCUGUGACACCACAGAGACCCAGCUUGGCACAGCUUUCUUCAAGGCUUCCUCCACCGAAGUCCCUCGAGGUAGAGAGAAUUCAUCUCAGAAAGUCAUCCAUAAACGAGCAGCUCUUGGAAACCAGACACUCCAGGGACCUGCUUUCGACUCACAACAGCCCUUACCGAACUCUGGACCGGCCACCCCACCCCCAUGGAGGGAGAAGCAUGCCUACAACCCCCGUGCUCACACGCAAUGCCUACAGUAGCAGCCACUUACAGCCAGAUGUUUCCCCAUGCCACUGCUGGCAGCGCAGCGGGAGUUUAGAAUCCCAGACCCAGCUGAUGUCCGAGACUCCUGCUGAAAAGGCAGCCUUCACCCUCUCAAAGUCCCAGCGAAACAGCAGCACAGAGAUCCUCGAUGAUGGCUCAUCCUACACUAGCCAGUCAAGCACAGAGUAUUACUGCUUGACACCUACUCCCAAACCGUAUUACAAUACUCAGACACUCGACAACAGGACCAGGGGUCGAAGACGGUCAAAGAAACAAAACAUUUCUGCUGCAAAUUCAGGAAGUAUGCCAAAUCUUGCCCAUAAGGAGAUCUGCAAUGGUGUCUACCACAAAAGCCAGGAGCAGCCUUCCUCAAGUUACUAUAUUUCUGGAUACUCCCCAUACACUGAAUCUGACAUUUACUACAAUGGAGGACAUGUUCAUGAGAGUGACAUGGAGGGACAGUACAGUGUCAAUUCUUCCUAUCGCUCAUCGGCACAUUACGGAUAUGACCAUAACAGGGAAUUGAGGUCCUACCAUGAGGAUGAAGUGGACAGAGUACCGCACAACCCAUAUGCAACCCUGAGGCUUCCAAAGAAGCUAGUUGCUAAAACGGAGCAUAUAACCAAAAACAUUCACAAGGCCUUAGUAGCAGAGCAUCUCCGUGGUUGGUACCAACGUGCCUCCAGUCUAAAGGAGCAGGGUCAUAGCCUGCAGGCAGGCUUUGAGUCUGACAGAGGAUCCCAGAGGAGUUUGGGCUUUGCUGGUCUGCAGGUUCCAUGCUCUCCUAGCAGUCGGGUGUCAUCUUUCUCUUCAGGUAAUGUCUGGUUUCUUCUGUGCUGAGUGUUUUUCUAAGUCCCUGUUGUGCAUCAGAUUCUGUCCCCCUCUGCUGCCUUGAUGAAG